AUGCGCCGAAGACGCCAGCUCACUGUCGUCGGCCUCGUCGUCUUCUUGACCCUCUGUGCCUGGUCCUUGAUCCGCAUACCGGCCAACAGGGCAGCCGCCGAAGAAGCCCGUGCCAGAAAGGCAAGGGAUCGAGCAACGUUCCCGUCCGAGGAUGGUCCCCGCAGAUAUCGCAGGACGCCGCCGGAGAUGCGUCCCAAGGCGCUCUCCGACAAAGCCGUCCACCCUGUUCUCCAGCUCAUGUCCGAAGCCGAACGCGAGAUGGAGAAGCUCAAAGCCCGACAGUCCAAUACUUUACAGCAGGCUGUAGACGAGUACAAGCGUCGCAAUAAUCUCCCGCCGCCACCACACUUCGACAAGUGGUUCGAGUUCGCAAAAGCCAACGGUGUCCAGCUUGUGGACGAGUUCGACAUGAUUAACGAGAUGAUCACGCCAUUUUGGGGCCUCAAGCCGAAAACAAUUCGUUCCAGGGCAAAGGAAGCGCUUGGCCACGACAACCAGCUCGUCAUGAUGCUGAUCCGCGAUCAUCAAGUCACCCAUGUCCAGGGUGCGCACACCUGGCAGCGCGAGGCGACCGCUGGUAUGGUUUCAAAGUUCAUCCAGUACCUGCCCAGCAUGGAUCUCGCAUUCAACAUUCAUGACGAGCCACGUGUGGUGCUGCCCCACGAGGAUCUUGCACGCCUCAUCAACACUGCCAAAAACGUCAAUAUGCCCAAGGCCAAUGCUGCGAAAUGGCUCAAAAACAAAUUCUCUCCCAAGCCCAGGGAGGUCGGCCGUGGCGACGGCAUCAAUGAGGUCAAAACUACGCGCUUUAAUGUAUAUGCACACCAGCCGGUGUGGACCACAUCUCGCAUGUCCUGUCCGGCAGACAGCCCCGCCCGCUCUCUCGAAGAUGAGGGCAACUAUGAUGAUGCAUCAAAAUUUGGCGUCACAGAACUGGGUUUCGUCUACAACAUCACCGCUCUCUCUGAUAUCUGUCUCUCGCCGUCAUUGGCCACCACCUAUGGAUUCUUCGACGCCCCAAACGCGUAUAACAUUGCCCACGACCUCUUCCCUAUUUUCUCGCAGUCGAAGAUCUCCUCUUAUCAGGACAUCCUCUAUCCGUCCCCGUGGUACUGGUACGAAAAGGUCGAGUACGACGACAAAGUCGACGCGCCCUGGGCCGAGAAGAAGGACCAGCUCUACUGGCGCGGCUCGACGACGGGCGGCUACAGCAGCGAGGGGGGCUGGCGGCGCCAGCACCGCCAGCGUUUCCCGGCCCCGGGCGCCGACCCCGAGGCGCCGCCCACCACGCCGAACACGCCACAGUGGGAGGUCCGCGAGGUCGCCCGCGGUGACUACCGGGACGUCGUUGACGUGGCCUUCAGCUACGUCGGACAGUGCGACCCUGGCGACUGCGACGCGCAGCACGAGUUCUUCAAAGUCCAAGAGCACGCCGAGCAGACGGACGCGUGGGCCUACAAAUACCUGCUCGACAUUGACGGCAACGCCUUUUCUGGGCGGUUCUACGCCUUUUUGCGGUCCAAGAGCCUGACGUUCAAAUAUGCCAUCUUCCGCGAGUGGCACUUUGAAUGGAUCAAACCGUGGGCGCACUACAUCCCGCUCAGCCUCCAGGGAGACGAGUGGCUUGAGAGCAUCCGCUUCUUCCGCGAAGAGGAGGCCGGCAUCAAGGAGGCGGAGAGGCUGGCCAAGGCGAGCACCGAGUGGGCUGGGAAGGUGCUCAGGAAAGAGGACAUGGAGGUGUGGUUCUUCAGGAUGCUGUUGGAGUGA